AUGUUCUCAGAAGAGCUCAAGACGUUCCGUCGAUUAGGUUUUCGACAUUUUCUACUUCAAAUUCUCAACUUCGCCUCCGUCAUUGCAUCUGGCCUAAUGCUAUGGAAAGGCCUCGGCCUGAUUCUGAACACAGAAUCUCCAAUUGUCGUUGUCCUCAGUGGCUCGAUGGAACCGGCGUUUUACCGUGGCGAUCUUCUUUUUCUUACGAACCCUCCAGGCCAACGCUACCACACAGGUGAUAUCACAGUGUACAGGAUCCCUGGCGCCGAAAUACCCAUCGUGCACCGCGUCCUAGAGACCCGGGAUGUUUUCAUCCCAUUCGACAAUUCUACAGAAAAUCGUAUCAUCAAGAACAGACUUGCAAAGAGCAAACUUCCACCAGGGGAACACCAACUGAUGCUCACAAAAGGCGACAACAACCAUGUUGAUGACGUUGACCUCUACCGGGGCCUCGAAUGGAUCGACCGAAGACAUAUCAUUGGCAAAGCUUGCGGGUAUGUGUUUUUCGAUUUUUUUUCACUUGCAUGGCCUGACAUGUCUCUUUUCCUACUCAAUCUUCUAACUACACAUCUACUUUGCUCACACUUCAUGCCCAGAUUUGUUCCGUACAUUGGCUACGUGACAAUCGCCAUGAAUGAUUUCCCGCAACUUAAAUACGCGCUUCUCGGAGGUCUUGGGCUAUUAGCUGUGAUACAACGGGAGUAG